GACAGAGGACAAGAGAGAAGGGAAAAGAAACAAGGGAUAUUAGCCCCAGAGGGACAAAGGACUGCCUCUGGAUAGACAAAAGACAGAAGUAGCCCAUAGGCAAUGGGCAGUUUAUAAAGGAAAAGGGGAAAGCCUUGUUAGGACGAGUUGGUUUGUUUUGAUUGGGUGUGUCAACUAGGGAAGCCAAAAGGGGAAUUUUGAUUGCUUCACUUCCAUACUUUGACCAUGGUGGUCUGGUCAAGAAGAGGAAGUGGCCAAAUAAUGGAAUAGAUCUUGCGGGAUAGCUUUACUAAUACAAUUUAGCAGAUUAGCAAGGGGAGAAGAGUAAAAGCAAACCUGUCUGCACCACCUCUGCCAUGCCCUGUCUGCUAAAACCAUCCAUAUACCCAAGUCAUUCCCAAUGUCCACCAUGCUCAGGUCUGCUAGACGUUCCCAAUGUCCACCCUGCUGCCACCCCCUAAGCUGGAACCCUACCACUUGGAUUCUUGGCAAGGCCGACCCUGUGGCUAGUCCCACCUGUGUGCAUCUCUAAUCACCUCCCACUGCCAACUCUGCCCACUGACACCACCCCCUGCCCCCACUCCACCUCCAACCCCACCCUGCUCAAUUGCCCACAGCCAGUGCUGGCCUUUAACCUUAUAAGGUUCUCUUUCAGCUUUCAUUGAUUUGCUGUGGGGCCAUCUUAAGCUCUCUAGUCCAGCUUUCUGCACACACACACACACACACACACACACACACACACACACACACGCACACGCACACACACACACCCGCUGUCCCACUCUGCUCCACAUGCAGAGUGGAAUGCCGACUUUGUUACCUCUGCCUUGGACUACAUGUGGCUGAGACCAGUCCACUGAACUCCCUGUGGUCCCUUUCCCCACCGCUGUCCCCACUGUCAGAUGUCUAACCACACCAGCUGUUCUGAAAUCACCAGCAUUUACUCAGGAUCAGAAAAGAAGCCCACCUCAAGUCCACCAAAGCCUUGAAUAUACCUUAUUACCAAGUGCUGCUGCUCUGUCUUCAGAGUACAAAAAGGUAAACAGAUAUUGAGAGAAAGUAUCCAUCUGAUAAAUCUCCUGCCUGUUGGUUCAGGCAAACCCUAGGAAGCCUAUCCCCUUUGUUCUCCAGUUGAAUUGUUUCUUUUUAAAGGAUAUUUUUAUUAAAAACUUACUAAAAUAUUAAACACAAUUUUAAAUGAAAACACUGUCAUGCCAAGUGCUAUUGACCCAGGUGGACCUGUUCCCUGAUAUUUUUUUCUGGUUAUUUUUUUCUGGCUUGCUACUUUUCUAUUUCUGUUUUCUAUCAAUACAUCUAUUUCGGGGCUGUAAUUAUAUGGUAUAUCAUUAGAUAUAAGACACUGAAAGCAGCAGUUUCUCCUCCCUGCUUUUAUUAUUGCAUAAAUGUGUUUCUGUUGCCUAGGAAUUAGCAGUUUAUUUUAUAAAGGUAUUAUGUAUGUUAGGUAUUUGAGUGUAUGACACUCAUGCUUGCUACCUCCCCUACUUGCACUUUUUUUUUUUUAAGAUUUUGUUUAUUUUAUAUAUAUGAUGAGUACACAUUAGCUGCCUUCAGACACACCAGAAGAGGGCAUCGGGUGAUGGUUGUGAGCCAACAUAUGGUCGCUGGGAAUUGAACUCAGGUCCUCUGGAGGAGCAGUCAGUGCUCUUAACCACUGAGCCAUCUCUCCAGCCCCCACCACUUGGAUUCUUGGCAAGACCAACAUGACAGAAGAGUGUAUCAGAUCCCAUUAUAAAUGAUUGUGAGCCACCAUGAGGGUACUGGGAAUUGAACUCAGGACCUCUGAAAGAGCAGCCAGUGCUCUAAACCACUGAGCCAUCUCUCCAUCUCCAGGAUUACCAGCUUAAACGAGUUGAUAUUUAUGUGUUCUGUGGUUGGUGGUUGGGCCUUUCCAGUUUUUGGUUGGUAAGCAAACUCAUCUGUGUAGCUCUUUUUUUAAGAUUUAUUUUUGGCCCGGUCCUUUCCGCUCGGCCGUUCUCCUGUACAGGAGGCAGCCAUGGCGCCCGGCCGGAAUGGCAUGAUCCUGAAGCCCCUCUUCCACAAGGACUGGCAGCAGCGAGUGGACACGUGGUUCAACCAGCCGGCCCGCAAGAUCUGCAGACGCAAGGCCCGGCAGGCGAAAGCGCGCCGCAUCGCCCCUCGCCCCGCGUCCGGUCCCAUCAGGCCCAUCGUGAGGUGCCCUACAGUUAGAUACCACACCAAGGUCCGGGCUGGCAGGGGCUUCAGCCUGGAGGAGCUCAGGGUGGCUGGUAUCCACAAGAAAAUGGCACGCACCAUCGGCAUCUCCGUGGACCCAAGGAGGCGAAACAAAUCCACGGAGUCACUGCAGGCCAACGUGCAGCGCCUGAAGGAGUACCGCUCCAAGCUCAUACUUUUCCCCAGGAAGCCUUCUGCUCCGAAGAAGGGAGACAGUUCUGCUGAAGAACUUAAAUUGGCCACGCAGCUAACAGGACCUGUGAUGCCCAUCCGGAAUGUGUACAAAAAGGAGAAGGCCAGAGCCAUCACGGAAGAGGAGAAGAACUUUAAGGCUUUCGCCAGCCUUCGCAUGGCCCGAGCCAAUGCCCGGCUCUUCGGCAUCCGAGCAAAGAGGGCGAAAGAAGCCGCAGAGCAAGACGUUGAGAAGAAGAAGUAAUGCGCGGCUGGAGAGUUGUAAUAAAUUUUCCAUAAAGCAAAAAAAAAAAAAAGAUUUAUUUUUAUUUUCAUUUAUGUCCCUGUGUCUGUCUGUCUGUCUGUCUCUGUGAGUGUGUGUGCAUGUGUGCAUGAGUGUGUGAGUGAGUGUGUGAGUGUGAGUGAGUGUGUGUGCGAGUGUGUGAGUGUGUGCAUGUGUGUGUGCGUGAGUGAGUGUGUGUGUGUGUGUGUGUAUGUGUGUGUGUGUGUGUAAAGCCAGAAGAGGGCCCUGGAGGUGUGGUUACAAGUAGUUGUGAGCUACACAACACGAAUGCUAAGAUGAAACUCAGGUCUCUGAUGCCCAAGGUACUGUGACCCAGUAAAUUUUCAAGACCACCAAUAGGUCACGGGUAGAUAUUGGCCUCUCCACUACGGUGUCACAGAUUAAGCACAACUUUCACACCGUACAGAUCUAUGGUUAUUUCCUUCCCUCCUUCCUCGUUAUUUUAAGACAGGGUUUUGCUAUGUGGUUAAGACUGGUCUUGAAUUUAAUUUGUUGUCCAGAUUGACCUUAAAUUGACAGUGAUCCUCCUGCCUCAACUUACAAAAUUUCCGGGGCCUUGGAGAUGCGCUGCUGCCUUCAGAGGCAUCCAGCCUUUUGACAUUGUGACAUUUUAGGCUGUUUCCAUAGCUCCCCUGAGUUCAAAUUCCAGCAACCACAUGGAGGCUCAACCAUCUAUAAUGGGAUGUGAUGUCCUCCCUCUUCUGGAGUGUGUGAAGACAGCUACAGUGUACUUAUAUAUAAUAAAUAAAUAAAUCUUUAAAAACAAAGUUACUGUUCCAUGGGCCUGCACAUGCCCUGCUGUAGGAGAGACUUCCUUGACCAUCUGGCUUUUCAUCCGGACCACCCACACCCACUCCCGGUUGAACUCCAGUUGCCUUCAGUGUGACCCGGAGUCACUGUCCAGCCACACCACAGGAGUCCUGCUGCAGGAAAAGCCCCAUCCAUCCCCCCUCUCUCCACCUGUCCAUCCUGCUUAGCAUCUCUUAACAAUAAGGAGUGUGGGGGAGGUGGGUGCGGGAGGGGGAGGGGAACACCCGGCCACUAUCUAGAGAAAAUAAGCCAGUGUUUGAUAAUAACAAACAAACAAUUAAGCAACGACCUCCAUGCUGGCUACAGCACUGUUGUGGUUCCGUGGCACCCUGUGUAGCCAGAUUUUUUUUGUCUACUUUAUUGGUUUCUUAUAUCUACCACCCUUUUCAUCCCCAUUGUCUUCCAACCCCCCCAAUUCUAGGUAGGAGAGAAGGAAGGUUAGAGGGGAAAAGAGGCGUUGAUCUUGUUAGACUACUUCCUGCUGAUUAGGGGUGGGGAAGUUCCUUAGGGCAAUCUCUGUAUCCAAUUUCUUCCUCUAAACCACUGGACAGACCCCAGCAACCGGAGCCAGCAGCAGCCUCUCAGGGCGCUGGCGUUUUUAUACUCUCUCAAGAGUCCCCAGAUUUCCAAACAGACACUGUCUUCAGCUGCAGAAUCACGCCCCUGCCAGAGGUACUCCAUCUGUGGACCCAGAGAGGACUGGAUGGCAACAGAGAAAUUGAACAGUUUUAACUGGAGGUGUGGCAAAAUUCCAUUUGAUUUCCCCAUUUUAUUUAAAUUCCUUACAAACAUAAGAGGUGCAGGGGUGGGGCACACAGCUUUAAUCCCAGCACCUGGGGGGCAGAGGAAGAUGCAUCUGUAGGAGUUUGAGGCCAGCCUGGUCUAUAUAGUAGGUUCCAGGAGAGGCAGAGAUGUAUAUUAACAACUUUGUCUCGGGCUGGAGAGAUGGCUCAGCGGUUAAGAGCACUGAUUGCUCUUCCAGAGGUCCUGAGUUCAAUUCCCAGCAACCACAUGGUGGUUCACAACCAUCUGUAAAGGAUCCGAUGCCCUCUUCUGGUGUGUCUGAAGAGAGCAACAGUGUACUUAUAUAUAAUAAAUGAAUAAAUCUUAAAAAAAAAAGAUGCUGUUAAAAAAAAAACAACUUUGUCUCAAAAACAACAACAACAAAAAUCAAAUGAACUUGUUUAGUCAAGGAACCAAGGUGCACAUUUUACACAUCAAAGCAGACCUGGCCUCCAGGUUAGGGUCUCCCAGCAUUCCUCAGAGUCUCCUCCCUAUAUAAUCCAGACAUUUUGGUCUUCUCUUUCCUUCUCUCUGUCUCUGCCUCUCUAUCUCUGUCUCUCUCUGUCUCUCUGUUUCUGUCUCUGUGUCUCUGUCUCUCUUUCUCUCUGUCUCUCUGUCUCUCUUUCUGAGAUCUCUGUCUCUCUGUCUCUCUCUCUCCCCCUCUGGGCUCUCUCUUUUUCUUCCUCCUCCCUCCCCUUUUCUUUCCCCAUGGUGACUCCCCUGGCCUCCUUGUUUCACUGAUGGAGAAAUAACUUCUCAGAGCUUUUCAAAAUGCAGUUGAAGGCAUGCAGUUCACACACAUGGAACUUAAGUGCAGCCAAAUAAGGAGCGCUCCCCUCAGAGGCCUGUGUGUUGGCUAGGGGAUCCCCCACCUCUAAUCUCAGGCCCAGAUCCCCUCUCUCCAGGAACGAGAUAGCACUUACCUAGAAGGCCAGUAGUGCAGAUAAACUGGACUAUGUUAUAUAGUAUAUAUGAUAUAUAUAUAUAUAUGUUAUAUAUAUGUUUAUAUAGUUAUAUAGUAAGUUUAUAAUUUAGUCAUCCUAAAUGUGGUUUUGGGGAAACCAUGCACUUGGACUCACAUACUCUGAUGCAGAGGCAAGAGAGCCACAAGAGACCCAUCCAUCCAUUCAAAAAUUGCUUUUGGCCUCCCAGAGACUGUGGCAUUUGUUUAGGUUAUGAAUAUGUAUUGGCCACCUGCUAAGAGUGGCAUUCUGAAAAGGUGACUUUUCAGCCUUUCCUGGGGAACGAGGCAGGUUCACCUAUCCUGAGAGUUGGAGGACAGGCAGGAAACCCAGCUUUAACUGACAGAGACACCCAGGAGGGAUUUCUGGAACAACAGGCUCCCUCCAGAACCCCCUUCAGAGCAGUACCUCAGAAAACAGAGAAACAGAGCAGUCAGGGAGUGUCCCCAGAUCCAUGGACUCUGUCUGAGGGAGGAGCCAGGCUGCAGGAGCACCUGGGAAAAGAGCAGAAGGCGUCUGUCUCCCAGGGAAGAGCUGGACAUUGAGGUGUGGCAGCCUGGAAAAGAGAUGGGGUGAGACAGGGCAGCUGCAAACCUGGUUGAAGGGACAGGGUGGUUCCUGUGUCCUCAGCACACCCGAGAGGGUCCUAGGAAGGGACUGGUGCAACUUUCCCACCCAUAGCCAGAGCUUUGGGGGUGUGUGGACCCUGCUCAAGGCUUCCUGUAGUCCCAGUUGUCCUGUGCGGCCCUGUGAAGGCCAAGCCCAGGGCUUGUGAAUCAAGGGCCUCAUGUCGUCCUGAGAGGUCAAAGCAGUCCCUCUCAGAGGCCUCACACCUAUGCCUUCCCAGCUAAUGUCCCCCCCACCCCCCAGCUUCCCAGGGAAGGGCUGAAUCACAGAAAGGAAAGAGGUCCAUGACAGAUGGGACACCUAGGAACUCGAUCAUGACUCUCUGUGAUACCCUAUCCUCACCCAGAGUUCUAGUCAGGGAUGGCACAGGAAAUAGGUCCACCUGUGCUCUCCUGCCCCCUAAUGGUCACCCCAUCUUAGCAGCACAGAACUGGACCUUCACAGUCAGAACUUGGCGAUUAUUCAUUCCCAGGGGCCGGAAAUCUUUGCUGAGCACCAGCAAAUCCCCUUUCCUCCCCAACUUGCUUCUUGGUCAUGAUGUUUGUGCAGGAAUAGAAACCCUGACUAAGACAUGCUUUUUGGGUUGUUUCUUUGAGUUUGUUGUUGUUUUGGUUUUUGGAUGGUUUUUCUGUAAGCCAUCCUGGAACUUGCUCUGUAGACCAGGCUGACCUUGAAUUCACAGAGCUCUGCCUGCGUCUGCCUCCAGAGUACUGGGGCUAAAAGUCGUGCACCACCAUGCCCAGUCUUAUUUUGUUAUAAACGUAAUAGUUAGGCAGAUAUAUGCCUUUAAGCCCAGCACUGGUUGAGGACAGCCAGAGCUAUUACAGAGAAAUCCUGUCUUGAAAAAACAAAAAGUAAUAAAAAUAAAAUAUUGUAUCAUUUUGAUAUUGAUUGUACACUGAACUGCUCAUGUUGUGAAUAAGGUAUGAUAAAUAAAAUAUGAUUAAAGUCUA